AGGACCCAAAUAGCAGAUACCGGAAAGUUGGACAGCAUGAAGUAAACAUUGGCGUUAAUGCAAAGAUAAACCAAUUUCUCUCUCUCUUUCAGACUCCUAAAAGUGGAUACAAUGAACAACAUGUCACCUGAGGUUACCCUGCACCGGAUCUCACCUGAGCUGCGGCCUUUGCUGUGCAGUGUGGUGAGAAACGGCCGAGUGGGACUGGACUCCACCAACUGUCUGCGUGUCACAGAUCUCAAAACUGGAUGCACAUCUCUGACUCCAGGUCCUUGCUGUGAUCGCUUCAAACUUCACAUACCAUAUGCUGGAGAAACCCUGAAAUGGGAUAUUAUCUUCAAUGCACAAUAUCCAGAACUGCCUCCGGAUUUUAUUUUUGGAGAAGAUGCAGAAUUUCUCCCAGAACCAUCAGAGCUACCACACCUGGUCCACUGGGAUGCUGGAAAUCCUGAGUGCUUGCUGCAGCUGGUGAAGGAGCUCAUCCAGCAGUACCAUCUCUACCAGUGCCAGCGCCUGCGUGACAGCUCCAGGCUGCUGUUUGAGUACGACAGCUUGCUGGAAGAUCCGAGCUACGGACGAAAUUUAGAAAUUUAUGCAGGACGAAAGAACAGCUGGACAGGAGAGUUUUCAGCUCGCUUCCUUCUUAAACUCCCUGUGGACUUCAGCAACAUCCCUGUGUAUCUCCUUAAGGACACAGCUCUGGAUCCAGGUGAAGAUGUGGCACUUCUCUCAGUGAGCUUUGAAGARGCUGAAGCUACCCAAGUCUUCCCUAAACUUUACCUCUCUCCCAGCAUUGAGCAUGCUUUGGGAGGCUCUUCUGCACUUCAUAUCCCUGCAUUUCCCAGUGGAGGAUGCCUAAUUGAUUACGUCCCUCAAGUGUGUCAGUUGCUCACAAAUAAGGUGCAGUAUGUCAUCCAAGGUUAUCACAAGAGGAGAGAGUAUAUCGCUGCUUUUCUCAGUCAUUUUGGAACMGGGGUAGUAGAGUAUGAUGCAGAAGGGUUCACGAAACUCACCCUUCUCCUCAUGUGGAAAGACUUUUGCUUCCUAGUUCAUGUGGAUCUCCCACUGUACUUCCCCAGGGAUCAGCCAACUCUCACCUUCCAGUCUGUGUACCACUUCACCAACAGCGGUCAGCUUUAUUCUCAAGUGCAGACGUCMUAUCCGUACAGCCCGCGCUGGGACGGCAACGAGAUGGCCAAAAGAGCAAAGGCAUAUUUCAAGAGCUUCAUCCCUCAGUUUCAAGAGGGAGCCUUCACCAAUGGAAAACUCUAAUAUUCCCUCAUGUCUGGGAAGUUUUGGGUCUGAGUGUGUGGCCUUGUGUGUGUGUGUGUGUAAAUACAAGGAUGCACACAGAGAGAAUUGCCACUUUUUUGUUGUGUUUUUCUUUUUAAACUUUCACAUCCCAGCAGAAUCUUCAAUGACUGUAAAAGCUUUUAUUUUGAAAAUGCAAUAGUCUGUGUAGUACGACUUGUUAGUUCAAUAAUUUUUUUUUAAAUAAUAUUAUUGUUUUGUUGUAGGGAUGCUUUCUGGAAACUCCACACAAAGAUUUAUACAUCAUUUGCAUCAAAACAAGCUUGAAGGAAGAAUCUUUGUUUACUCGUUUUUUCUGUUUUUGUCUUUUUUUUUCCUGRUUUUUGUCACUUGGGAUUCUCAAGUUUUGUUACACUCUGUGUUAAAAUCACCUACAACUUGUUUUUGAACUGUUAWAAUACUAUUUCCAUUCUGAUUCUGGGAAGUCUUUUUUAACUGACAUUGAUGGUACUGCGAGUUACUGAUAAACAUGUUUGUGCAAAAUUUCUUUACAGUAAAACCAGUUUUUUUCUAAUUCCGUCAUAUUCUUGUUUUCACUGGAUACAAUGUUGAAAACAUCUUGUGGUAGGCAUGAAAACAAAAUCAAAUUUCUUCAAAUCUGGGGGGCUUAGUUGUGGUCAAAAAUCUCCAAAAAUGUGUGAACGUCUGCUUUUUAUGCAACACUUUUGUGUCUGAUGCAUUUUAAAGCUUWCAGUGAAGCCAUUUUGCUUUAACAGGACAUCAGUGUGACUGAGUUAUAUAGAAAAAAAAUGUGUSUGUGCUUAAAUGUGUGUCUGCUCCCUUGUUUUCAUCAUUAAAUAUGAAGCUCAUAGUUCGGGGUCCUUCCUGGCCUAAGGCGCAGCCCUCUGCUAUAUUUAUUGUCGGUAAAGCAGCAACUGUCAUGUCUAAUUGAGAACUAUAGGGUGAAUGUUUCGAGGGCAUUUAAUAGCAUCAAGGCUCUUAAUAAAAUAAUUAAAACGUAA